AUGGCCGCUCCGCUCACUUCUGUGGCGGGUAUCACGGCCCUGCUAGAUGAGCAGGACCCCAAGUUGCAGGCGUAUGCCCUGCGGAAGCUAGACACGCUCGUGGACCGGUUUUGGGCCGAACUGGCGGACUCGGUGCCGCGCAUCGAAGAGCUGUACGAAGACGAGUCCUUUAGCGACCGUGGCGUCGCUGCGCUCGUCGCCUCCAAGAUCUACUUCUACCUGGGCGAGUUUGAGGACUCGCUCAGCUUUGCGCUCGGCGCCGGCGCCCUGUUUGACGUGGAGCGCAAGGAUGAGUACGUGGAAACGGUCAUCUCCAAGUCGAUCGACCAGUACAUUGCCGAGCGCUGCAGCGAGACGGAAAAGAUCGAUCCCCGCCUGGAGUCGAUCGUGAACAAUAUGCUGCAGCGGUGCAUCGCCGCCGGCGAGUACCGCCAGGCGCUGGGCAUUGCGCUCGAGACUCACCGCCUGGACGUUAUUGAGAACGUUUUCAACUCGACGCACGAUGCGCAGCUGCUGAGCUACGUGCUGGAGGUGGUGAUGGGCGUGUCGCAUGCGCCCCAGGUGCGCAAGGACGUCUUGCUGCUCCUCGUCAAGCUCUUCCAGUCGCUGGCGCAGCCCGACUUCUUUUCCAUUGCACAGUGCUACGUGUACCUGAACGAGCCGACGCUCGCUUCCGAGCUGCUGCAGAUGCUUGUAAAGCGCGCAGAAAAGGACGAAAAGGCAUUGGAGAACAGCGCGCAGGACCCAUUGAUGAUUGCGUACCAGAUCGCCUUUGACCUCGUCGAGAGCGCCACGCAAGAGUUCCUCAAGAGCGUGCAGCAGGACGUGCAGCAAAAGCUCCCUGCGGCCGAGAGCGGCCCCGGCGCGUGGGCCGCGCAGAUUGCGCAGAUCCUCAGUGGCGAGGAGACGAUCAAGUUCUACCGCGAUUUCCUGAAGCACGCCAACCACGCCGACUUGGCCAUCCUCAAGAAGAGCAAGGAUGCGCUGGACGCGCACUACAGCGCGUACCACUCGGCGGUCAGCCUGUCGAACGCGUUUAUGAACGCGGGCACGGCCAGCGACCAGUUCCUGCGGGAGAACCUCGAGUGGCUGGCCAAGGCGUCCAACUGGAGCAAGUUUACCGCCACCGCAGCGCUGGGAGUGCUGCACAAGGGCAACUUGCAGGAGGGCAUGAACAUCCUGCACCCCUACCUUCCUUCGGAUGCGCCUUCGUCGAGCGUCUACUCCGAGGGCGGCUCGCUGUUUGCCCUCGGCCUCAUCCACGCAAACCACGGCGCGGGAAUCCUCGAUACACUGAUCAACACCCUGCGCAACAACACGGCCGAGGUCGUGCAGCACGGCGCUGCGCUCGGUCUCGGUGCCGCAGGCAUGGCGACGGAGAACGAGGCGGUGUACGAAGAGCUGCGCAACGUGCUCUUUGGCGACUCGGCCGUGACUGGUGAGGCGGCGGGCUACGCGAUGGGCCUGGUCUACCUCGGUACCGGUGCGGCGCACGCCACCGAGGAGAUGCUGCAGUACGCACAAGAGACGCAGCACGAAAAGAUCAUCCGCGGCCUCGCGAUCGGCCUGGCUCUCUUGAACUACGGCCGCGAGUCGCAGGCAGACGGCACGAUCGACGUGCUGAUCGCCCACAAGGACGCCACGAUGCGCUACGGUGGCGUGUAUACCAUCGCGCUCGCUUACGCCGGCACCGGCGACAACAAGUCGAUCAGCCGCCUGCUGCACCUCGCCGUGUCGGACGGCAGCGACGAUGUGCGCCGUGCGGCCGUGAUCAGCCUCGGCUUUUUGCUCUUCCGCACGCCGCAGCACGUUCCCGCGAUUGUGCAGCUGCUCAGCGAGAGCUACAACCCCCACGUGCGCUACGGUGCGGCGAUCGCGCUCGGCGUCGCCUGUGCAGGCACCGGCCUGGACGCGGCGCUCGACUUGCUCGAGCCGAUGACCAAGGACCCGGUCGACUUUGUGCGCCAGGGCGCGUGCAUGGCGCUCGCCAUGAUCCUUAUCCAGCAGAACGAGGUGCUGAACCCGCGUGUGGAAAAGGUGCGCAAGUCUCUCGAGACAAUCAUCUCGGAGAAGCACGAGGAGGCAAUGGCCAAGUUUGGUGCGACGCUCGCCCAGGGCCUGCUCGACGCCGGCGGCCGCAAUGCCACGAUUAGCCUGCAGGGCCGUGGUGGCAGCAUCAACACGCCGGCGAUCGUCGGCAUGGCGCUCUUUACGCAGUACUGGUACUGGUUCCCGAUGGCGCUCUUUGCGUCGCUCUCCUUUACGCCGACAGCGAUCAUCGGCCUCUCGCGCACGCUCGCCUUGCCGGACGUGGAGCUGGUGAGCCGCGCGCGUCCAAGCCUCUUUGCGUAUCCCCCGCCGGUCGAGACGCCUUCCGAGAAGAAGCUUGAAAAGGUCGAGACCGCCGUGCUGAGCACCACGGCCAAGUCGCAGGCCCGCCAGCGCACCAAGGAGAAGAAGAAGGCGCAGCUGGAGGGUGAGGCGAUGGAGCAGGACGAAAAGCCCAAGACGGAGGAGAAGCCGGCCGAGGAGGAGAAGCCGGUCAAGCGUCCCGAGCCCAAGGAGGAGCGCAUCAAGAACUGCUCGCGCGUCACGCCGUACCAGCUCAAGUAUGUCGCGUUCCCUCCUUCGUCGCGCUUCCAGCCCGUGCGCCCGAUCCUCGGCAACCGUGCCGACGUCUGGCAGGACACGGCGGCGAUCGGCGCGCUUCCCGCGCUGAGCACCGCGCCGCGCGACGAGGAGGCGGCCACGACGCGCCACCCCGAGCCGUCGCAGGCGCGUCAGCUGAACUACUCGGUGACCGGCGGCGGCGGCGGCAUCCUCAUGCUGCUCGACCGCGACCCCUCGAAGCCGUACGACACGCUCCCGCUGCAGGGCAAGGGCGACGACGGCAAGGAGGACAAGACGGCCGAGGAAGACACGGCGGCUGCGAUCCAGUCCGCGCCGGAUACCGACGAAAAAGAAGCGACGAGCGUCCCGGGCGCGGAAAGUGCGCCGGCGCAGUCGGAAGACGUAGACAUGCCGGAAGCCCCCGAGGCGAGGUAG